AUGGCGAGUGCAUACCCAGGUGGGCUGGGCAGUGCUAAGGAGCGGGAGCGACUGGAUGGGUUGGGGCCGGCCGGGCUGGGCGGGUUGGGUGGGCUGGGUGUGGCGGUGUCGAUGAAUAACAGUGGCUUGUCCAUUGGAGAUAGGCUACAUUUAGGCAAUAACAACAGUGGAGUAAUGUGUCCACUAUGUUUGGGAGGCUUGGAAGAGGCCCGUGUGUUGCCUUGUCUUCAUGCCAUCUGUGGCCCUUGUCUCGACUCCCUCCUGGUAGGCGCCACACUCGCCUGCCCGACCUGUCACACUGAGCUUAACCUUGAUCAGCCACUUGAUGCACUUAAUCCUCAACUCUUCUUGCCUUCUCUUCUCGAAAUGGUGACAACAGAUGAUGAUAUCACCAACCCACCACCUCCAACCAGCAUGGUCAGUCCCUCUGCACCACACGUCAACAAUCGUGAGCAACUACCUCCACUACCAAUCCUGCACAAGGAACUGAGUGGCAACAAUCGAAAUCCCCUCUAUCUGUGUGCAAGCUGCGAUGAUGGGCAGGCCGCCACAUCCCGCUGCCGGGACUGUAAUGAAGCCCUCUGUGAUUCAUGUGUCCGUGCACAUCAGCGGGUUCGUCUCACUAAGGACCACUUUAUUGUUCGAAUGGCAAAUGAAGAUGUCAGUAGCGGUAAUGGCAAUGGGUCCGGAUCAGUUCGGUCACAUUUUUCAGAAGAUAACUGUCUUACGCCACUAAGUCUCUCAUCCCCUCCGCCGGCCAUCCCUUCACACUCCUCUCCACUUCCUUCUGUUGUUUAUUGCAGCUUGCAUGAUGGAGAGGUGGUUCGACUCUACUGUGAAUUGUGCAAUGCUGCCAUUUGCCGAGAGUGUACCCUACGUGAUCACCGAGGACACGCCUUCACAUAUCUGCAGAAUGCUGCCGAAAGUUCACGCGCUGUUACAAUGAAACUAUUGACUGAUGCUAGGACUGGUAUCCGUGCAAUUGAGGACAGCAUUGGUGUGACAAAACGUAUGGUUGACCGUGUGGACCUUCGUGCUCAGGCUGUUGCAAGUGAUGUUCGUACAACAACACGACGCCAUAUAUCAGCUUUAGAAGAUCGUGAACGGAAGUUGUUACACAAAGUUGAGAGAAUCCGUCAAGUUAAAGGUAAAACUCUACAGGACCAAAUUGAUGACCUGAGCACUGCACUUGCAAGGCUUACACACACAGUAGAUACUCUUGGCUCCUCUGUAGACUCUGCCAACCACCUUGAACUUCUCCAAACACGAGACAAAGUUAUAGCCGAGAUGAAUGAAUUGAGGCAAAUUAAAGCCCAUCUUAGUCCCCAUGAAGAUGAUAAUAUUGUGUUCACUCCUCCUGAUAAUUCUCUCUACCAGGCUAUUAACACAAUGGGUUUCAUUUCCUCAUCGGGGUAUGCUUCAAAUUCAUUAGCUGUUGGAAGUGGACUUAAACAAGCACUACGAGGUAAAUUAGCCACUUUCUUAGUUCAUGGAAAAAAUCAUCUUGCAGACCAGAGGCAUGUGGGUGGUGACCAGGUGACUGUAACUGUUCAUGGCGCGGAUGGUAUGAAUACAACGGCUGAUGUCCAAGACCGUGGUAAUGGUUCAUACUUGGUGAGCUACCGACCACAGGGGGAGGGGCAGCAUGUGAUUUCUGUGCUUAUGCAUGGAAUGCACAUACAGGGAUCUCCAUUUACUGUGCAGGUCAAAACUGGACGAACUUAUUCCAGUGUGGGUCCUGUACUGCUAACCAUAGGUGGCGAAGGAGAAGGCGAUGGUCAGUUAUGCCGCCCAUGGGGAGUCUGUGCCGAUAAAGAUGGCUUUAUCAUCAUUGCUGACCGUAGCAACAACCGUAUACAAGUAUUCAGUCCAGAUGGCACCUUUCACCACUGUUUUGGACAGCCUGGAUCAAGGCCAGGACAGUUUGACAGACCUGCAGGUGUGGCAACAGAUUACAUGGGGAGAAUUAUUGUGGCUGAUAAGGACAAUCACCGCAUCCAAGUGUUUACAUUUGAUGGAAACUUCCUAUUCAAGUUUGGAGAGAAGGGAAGCAAAAAUGGGCAGUUCAACUAUCCCUGGGAUGUUGCAACCAAUCCAGAAGGUCAUAUUGUGGUUUCCGACACUCGAAAUCAUAGAAUCCAACUCUUCCGACAUGAUGGCACCUUCUUGAACAAAUAUGGGUUUGAAGGUGCACUGUGGAAACACUUUGAUUCACCACGUGGUGUUUGCUUCAACCAUGAGGGUCAUAUUGUUGUCACAGAUUUUAAUAACCAUCGGCUACUUGUAAUCCAUCCAGAUUUUCAGUCAGCGAGGUUUCUUGGAAAUGAAGGCACAGGAACAGGACAGUUUUUGAGACCACAAGGUGUAGCUGUUGACCAGGAGGGACACAUAGUAGUAGCAGAUUCUCGAAAUCACCGCAUCCAAAUAUUUCACCCCAAUGGCAGUUUCAUGUGCAAGUUUGGAAUGCCUGGAUCUGCGCCAGGCCAGCUCGACCGUCCCAGUGGAAUUUGUAUAUCGCCAGAUGGCUACAUCAUUGUGGUGGACUUUGGUAACAACCGGGUACAGGUGUUCUGAAGGACCCAGGCUGGUAUACUUGUGAAUGUUUUAUAUUUGAUAUGCUCCAGUCUA